ACAGCACAUAAACUGCACAUCGUCUAUUUAUAAAAAAGAAAAUAUAACUGCGGAAUUUGCCAUUAUUCGCAUAAAAAUAAAGGUGGCAAUGCAGAUCAAAAGUUUCAGCGUUAUUUUGAUCUUGUUCAAGUUUGUCGUUAACUCUGAUGGUUUCCUGCUACACGGCUCUGCUGGUCCUCUAACAGCCCGGCUGACAGGAGCUGUACUGCUGCCCUGCUUCGUGGACAGACCCCUGCCUUUGGAGGAGCUGGAGGUGGACUGGAGAAGGACUGAUUCAGACACCAUCGUGCACCUAUUCCAGGGGGGUCAGAGCAGACCUGAAUCACAGGGGGAUGCCUACAGGGGCAGAGCGCGCUUCUUCUCUCAGGAAAUCCCCAAAGGCAACUUCUCCCUGCUGCUUGAGGAAGUGAGGACUGCAGAUGCAGGAGUGUACAAGUGUGUGGUUUAUACAGAGCAGGAGCAACGUGAAACACGGGUGGAAAUACAGGAAGUAGAGCGUCUGGUGGUGACAGGUGGAGAUAAGCCUGUCUAUGCACAUGUGGGAGAGGAUGUGACUCUCAGCUGCUCUGUGGACACCCAUAUUAAUGUGACAGAGGUUCAGGUGAAAUGGAUAAAAACAGACGAUGAUGGUGACAUCUUGGUGCUUCUAUACGCUGAUGGACAGAACAGACCAGAGUCACAAGAUGGGAGAUACUCUGGAAGAGCUGAAUUCUUCACUGAGGAAAUUCGCAAAGGAAACUUCUCAAUUAAAUUGAGGAAAAUCAGGCCUGAAGACACAGGAGAGUUCAGGUGUGAAGUCUACUCAGAUACUGAUUCUGCCAAUACAACUGCCAGGAUAGCAGCACUGGGUUAUUCAUCCCUGCAUUGGCUGAUUCUGGGGCUGUGCAUCGCUGUCACAACUGUAGUCCUACUUACUGGUGCUUUAUCUGUCAGGCAUUUAAUAAGGAGAGAUAAAAGCAAACAGGCUCUGUUGAGUCACUGUUCACAUGUCACAGUCCCACCAAUCAUGGUUUCCGCAGCAUUCAUCCUGUGGGGUGUAACUGAAGGAUCCACAGAAGAGGCUGUUACUUGUCCUGCCAUCAGUCUGCUGUAUAUCCUGGUGUUGAUAAAUAUGGCUCCAUAUCAGGAUUUAAUUGCAAAAACAUGGCAGAAUAUUAUGCUCAACACUCUAACAGCUGCAUUUCCCAUCAUUAUGGUUUGUGUCCUAACAGGUUCUUUCAUUGAGUUUUCAGCAAAAUAUUCCCCAACUUCAGCUGAGAAAGCAACAUUUGGAGGCAUUUUUGGUGGAACCAUAUUUAUGUUCAUCUUUUUUCUUAUAGCCCGAAUUGUCCACACAUUGGUUUGGACAAAAUAUUCUGAAAACAGUGAAAAAAGAGUGACAAUGCGUGGCAUCGCAGUAGGAAUAACUGGAAUUAUAUUUCUGGUCAUCCUGGCUUCAUCCAUAAUUGCUGCCAGUGUUUAUCUGGCAAAAUACUCAGCUCUGGCUUGGAAAGAACUUGGAACAUUUUCCACUUUAUUAAUGUUUCCAGUCAUCAUGGUUUUAUUGCCACCUGGGUUCAGUGUGUUUUGGAUAAUACGCUCCCGUAGGAUGGGAAGAACAGUACGACUUAGAGACAUUCUUGUAAUCGUGGGUAAUUUCCUGUAUAACCCCAGACUGUUUAACCUGCUGUUCUUUGCUAUUUAUUCCCAACUCUUUGCCUGGAUUAACAACACAUUUAAAUUAGAAUAUUCAAUUCCAAUUGCAGUAGCUGCUUUGGGAAUCUGUGCCUGCAUAAUUAUCAAGGAUUAUUUAUGGAAUUAUGAAAAAAAGCGCUUGCAGGGAUUUUACUAUUUUGCUCAGAAAAUCCUUUUGGGGAUUUCCUUCAUGCUUCACCUAAUAUUAAGUUUCCUGUAUCUAAGUGUGAUUCUAGAAAAUAACAAAGGACGACCUGUAAAGAUCUGCGAGUUUGUGUUCAUCUACAUUCUGAUUGUCACAUUGCUCUUUCUAUUCCGGGAGCGGGAACAUUUACUUGGAAAAUCCCAUAAAUAUGUAUAUUUCUCAGGGUCUUUUGGUCUCCCUCUCCUGAAUUCUGUUGCCCUGGCUGUAGUAUUAAAACUCAAAAUGGACACAGGAAAACAGCCAUUGGAUCUACGGCUGAUUGUCCUGAUUUCUGGGUCUGUCUUCCUCUUUAGCUGGUUUGUUAUAGAGAUUUCUGCAUACUGGUUGCAUAAAAAAAAAAAAUAAAGGAAGCGAUGGGCUUGGCUGAGAGACACCAAGAUACCGAACUGGAUCAGCCCCUCCUUCCACUCAGCAAUUUUUAUGCGUAGCAGUCCGGUUGCCGAUCAUCGUGGGAACCUCAACUAAAUUUAUUGUGGGUGAAUUUAAUUCAAGUUGGGCUUUGAGGACUUUUUUGGAGAGGUGUAUGGUUGGCUUGGGCAGUGUUAUGGUAAUAUUUUUGUCAUACUGCAUUAUUUUCGUUCAGUGAAAUCAUCAUGGGAGAAUUUAAUCCUGUCACGUAGCGCAAAGUCCCAGUCAGUGGUGGCACAGCAAAGAACAGGCACAGAUCUGGUGGUCUGGUCACACAAAGUGCUCCAGCGGCUCCAGACAAAUGGCCUGACCUGGCACUCAGAGCCCAAGUUUUUCUCUCAACUGUGUCUAUAUAUGUAUGGAUGUCAGUCUCAGAAGAAGAGUGAUUAAUUAUGUUUAACCAUUCAGAAGUUGAGCUCAGCCAUAAAGCAAGAUAAAGUCACUUUUUCACUGAUAUUUCUUGUUUGUUUACAAGGAAUUGGUGUACUCUGUCAAAAGUCAACUUUUUACAGUCAUGUACCCCCACAGAUUUUCAACCUAUACCUACAUACCCACUUUAGCUCUACACAGUGACAUGAAGAGAAAUUUUAAUGGAAAGCAUCAAAAAUCAGCACUGAGAACAUCAAAGGGGGCCAUUUCAGUCAUUUGAGGAAAAAGGGGCAGAUGCUCAGGCAGCCUCAACCCCCCUCCCUCCCAUGUACCUCUCUCUACGCAGACAAACAUACACAAAUACACAGACUAUAUACACAGCAAAGUAUGAGACAUUUAGUACUGUCCAUGGACAAUAUUCAUAUUCGCGUGUCGUUGAACAUGUUAGGGAUUGCGGACAUAUCAACCUGGUCAUUAUAUCAGACAUCUAUUGAAAUCUGUCAGGAAGGAAGCUAAUUUCUUACAUUACCCAUGCAUGAAUAGCAGCUAGCUAGCGACAAUCUUUUGACUCUACUUUCUAGCUGAUUAUUAAGUCAUUGACAUAUACACAGUCCUAAAGUGACUUUUUGAAACAACAAAUCCGCCUCUGGUUGAAGACUGCUGGCUGGUUGUUUGCAUGUUUGGUUACAUUAAAACUAGUCAUGUAAACUGAAAGUUAAACACCACUUCAUGGUCAAUGUCAGAUGUUAAAUUUCAAACUCACUGGUUCCAUUAAUCAACUGAAUCCCUUUUGCAGAGAUCAUGUGACAAUCAGGAGAUGAAUGCCUUGUCACCCCCUGAUCCCGAUAGACCAAAUGCAGAGCAGAGAUCACAUGACAAUCAGGAUAUGGAGGCAUCUUCACCUUCACAAUGAACCAAACCCAGAGGAGGUGCCAAGAUCUGUUGAAUAACCAGGCCAGUGAGAUAAUCAGUCACCAGAUUAUCAGUGAUCUGUUACAGUUUAUUGUGUUUGACUUGAGAGACUUGGCUGGGUAGCAGAUGCACCUUUGUUUUGAGGAGGCCCACUUGUGUGAAUGAGGCGGCCUGCAGUUGUCACGCCCUGCUCCGUCCGCUCCUGAUGUUUGUUGGUGUCUCUGUCCUGUUGUCCGGAAUAAACCCCGUUUGCCUGCACUCUCGGCUUGCUUCGCCUGCUUCCCGAUUCGCUCACUCACCUACCGCAACAGCAGUCCUCAUGACCCCGAAUCUGCUUGUCAGCUUGUCCAGGAAAAGUCUGUCUAUAGAGAGACAUACUGGAAGACAUACUGGGAUAAAGUCGCCUGGGAAGAACAACAUGGGCUCCUUCAUGUUGUCCUGUGUUUCCCAAACUCCCUAUUUCCGACAUGCUGCUGUGUCUGUGUCAGGAAUGGAUAUUAGCUUCUCAUAAUAGCUUGACAGCUUGAUUUGUACAAUGUACCGAAACAACAUGAAAUAUAUUCUUUUGGGUUUUAGCAACAGGCACUGUGACUAAAAUAGUUCAAAAUCUUACCACACAUGAGUAGUUUUCUGUAAAAUAUCAAUGAAUAGGGAAAGUGCACCUUCAGGAAAACCCUCCAGAAACAGUCCUUUGUAAACAUUUGUAUAUGAUUCUCACAUUUGUUGUAUUCUUUACAAUAUUAAAAUCUACAUUAUAAUUAUAUGUAAUUAUUCUGAAUAAAUCCUCACUGUUUUUAUUGGUCUAUGGCUAUAUUACGCUCA